UUGGGAUAUUUAUCCGAGUCAAUAGUCACUUCAGCUAAGCGUUCACCGUUACUAGCGCAUCAACUGUUGUGGAAUAUGAAGACAAAUAUUUAUCGUGAUGAAGAAGGCGUGAAAUUCGAUAAUGAAAUUGGUAAUCAUCUACUAGCAUUAACCAGUACUAUACAACGUAAUUUCAAUGGGUCCACACUAGCAUUUUAUCAAAGAGAAUUUGAAUUUUUCGAUCAAAUCACUUCAGUCUCGGCUAAAAUCAG